CUCCUAAGUGAGAUGAGACGAGAGAGAGAGAGAGAAGACCUGCGUAAGCCCCUGACUGACUCAUUCACCCAUGGGAGUUUGAAGUGACAGAAUAAAUCUACAGAGACGAGGCUUAGGAUAACAUUUCCGAGAGCUGAGAGAGGACAGACACAUACCCACAGACAAAUAGAGCUACAGCUGAGUGAGACUGCAGAGAGACAGACAUACAGCCCAUCCACAGAAAGACAAGAGUUGGAGUCAUUGUCAUGUUGGUGGUGUUACUGAUCCUGCAUGCCGUCUCGUGUGCCCAUUCUCACGGGCCGCCGGGGGCCACGGUGCCUGUCAAGCAGUGCCCGUCUGCGUGCCAGUGUGAGGAGGAUGGCAUCCUACUGCUCGUCGACUGCUCCGAACAGGGACUAUCCAGUGUGCCACCUGACCUGAGUCCUUUGACGUCUUACCUGGAUCUCAGUAUGAACAACAUCAGUGAGAUUCAGCCCAACGCUUUCCACAACCUGCGCUUCCUCAGUGAACUGAGACUCUCGGGCAACCACCUGAGACACAUCCCUGGCCCCGUGCUCCAAGGACUCUACAACCUCAAAGUCCUGAUGUUGCAGAAUAACCAGUUAGAGAGAUUGCCCAGUGAAGACCCAUGGGAAUUACCCAAUUUGCUGUCUCUGCGUCUGGAUGCCAACCUGAUUAUGGAGGUGCCAGCAAGGACCCUCUUGGGUAUGCGGUCACUGAGGCACUUGUGGCUUGAUGACAAUGCCCUGACAGAGAUCCCAAUAAGCGCCCUCAAUGACCUCUCUUCACUCCAGGCUAUGACCCUUGCCCUAAACCGCAUCACCCACAUCCCUGACUAUGCCUUCAGGAACCUCUCCAACCUGGUUGUCCUGCAUCUUCAUAACAACAUGAUCCGGACGCUCGGACAGAACUGCUUUGAGGGACUGCACAGCCUCGAGACUCUGGAAUUGAACUUCAAUGAACUUCAAGAGUUCCCCGUGGCCAUUCGCACACUGGCCAAGCUUCAGGAACUGGGAUUCCACAACAACAACAUUAAGGCCAUUCCCGAGAGAGCGUUUGUGGGGAACCCACUUCUGCAGACCAUUCAUUUCUACGAGAAUCCCAUUCAGUUUGUUGGAAGAUCAGCAUUUCAGUUCUUGCCAAAGCUACACACACUCUCUUUGAACGGGGCCACUGAGAUCCGAGAGUUUCCAGAUUUGAAAGGAACCACCAGCCUGCAAGUUCUUACGUUGACCCGAGCUGGACUGACCGGCCUGCCACACGAUCUCUGCCACCUGCUGCCUAAAUUAAGAGUGCUGGAGCUGUCUCACAAUGUCAUAGAAGAGCUGCCGAGUUUCUACCACUGUGCCUCGCUUCAAGAGAUAGGCCUGCAGCACAAUCUGAUCAAACAGAUUGAGAUGAACACAUUCCAACAACUCAGCUCUCUGCGCUCACUGGAUCUUAGCUGGAACCGGAUCAACACCAUCCACCCUGACGCCUUUUCCUCUCUUCAGUCUCUCAUUAAACUAGAUCUCACUGGGAACCGAUUGAGCAGUCUCCCGCUAGCUGGGCUAACGAGUCUUACUCAUCUUAAACUGAAAGGCAACAUGGCACUCUCACGUUCUUUCAGAGAGGAGGACUUCCCCAACAUAAGGGUAAUUGAGAUGCCAUUUGCCUAUCAGUGCUGUGUUUUUGGAGCCUGUAACAGCUACAAAGCAGCCAGCCAGUGGGAAGAACAGAUGGGCAGUGAAGAGGAAGAUCUCCAGAAGAAAGCGCUGUCCCUGUUCCCCAUUCACACUGACAACAACUAUGACCUUGACUUAGAGGAAUUCCAGUUAGCUAUUGAAGAGUCCAAACUACAAACCAGCAUACAGUGUACCCCCAUCCCAGGUCCAUUUAAACCAUGUGAUAACCUGUUUGACAGUUGGGUGGUACGGCUUGGCAUGUGGCUCAUCUCUUUGGUCUCGCUGACGGGAAACAGCCUUCUCCUCUUGACUGUCUUUGCAUCCCCCAGCUAUCUCUCCCCUGUUAAGUUCAUCAUCGGCACCAUCAGUGGCGCCAACCUGCUAACGGGCCUGUGUACCGGCACCUUGGCAUUGGUCGAUGCCCGGACAUUUGGAGAGUUCGCCUUGCACGGAGCUCAAUGGGAAAUGGGUGCUGGCUGCCAAACUACAGGCUUUCUUUCAGUACUUGCCUCGGAGGGGUCCAUACUCUUCCUGACUUUGGCCGCAGUGCAGUGCAGCGUGUCCGUGUCUUGUGCUCGCGCCUACGGAAAGUCGCCGUCCCUGGGAAGCGUGCGAGCCGCCUCUGUGGCGUGCUUGGCACUUUCGUUGGCAGUCGCCGCUUUGCCGCUAAUUGGGGUCGGGGAGUACGGUGCAACUCCACUCUGCACGCCUUCACCACUGCCGGAUGGCGAACCCUCCACGUUGGGUUUUAUGGUCGCUCUGAUAAUGAUGAACUCCCUGUGUUUCCUGGUGAUCACCGGAACUUACAUCAAACUGUACUGGGACCUGACGAAGGGUGACUUCGACAGCAUUUGGGAUUGUGCCAUGAUCAAGCAUGUGGCCUGGCUCAUCUUCACCAACUGCCUGCUCUACUGCCCCGUAGCCUUCCUCACCUUCUCCUCCCUUCUGGGACUCUUUCCUGUGAGCGAGGAGGUUGUCAAAUCAGUCGUCCUGGUACUUCUGCCUCUCCCUGCAAGCAUCAACCCCUUACUCUACCUCCUCUUCAAUCCACACUUCCGUGAAGACGCACGUCUCCUUUUUAGAAGAGCUCACCACCAUCAUGACCACAACCUGGAUUCCUUCGUCUCGGUUGACACGGAGAAAAGCUCAUAUGACUCCACUCAAGCCCUGGUGUCCUUUGCCGCCGAGGCGGAUGCAGUGUUCGAGAGUUCAUCAGCACCAAACCCAGACACAGUCGGACGGUUUUCUUGCCCACCCUCAGUGCCUCUCAUCCCAUGCCAGAUGCAAAUGAAACCCUCAACAGAGAGGGAGAGCAUUGGAGAGAACCUGGUCAGGUCAACACCAGAACUCAUUGCCAAAGAGCAGGAGUAUUUCAGGAGCAGUGGACUGGAAACUCAUAAUGGCAACUUCUUUUCUGGAGUCUACCACUCCCCGAUUCUCUCAGCUCGUUCUUAAGUCUUCUUCUAAACUCUAAAGCUUUCAAGGACCCAAUGAGUUUGAGAAGUUGUGAGCCUACAUAUGAACUGACCCCUAAAACCUUCAGAGCUAAUGAACAAUGAACUGUUUUAACAUGGGACUAUAUACAAAUAUACUGUCCCAACUGCUACAUGGCAUAAAAAAGCCUAAUAACAUUUUGUGACACAAUUUUGUGGGCCAUUCAGUAAUUUAAGCAAUGUUCAAAAACAAAUCUGCAUUUAUUUUUUUGUAACUUUGUAACUUGUUUGUGUAAUUAGGCUUAAAGGAAUGUUCUGGGUUCAGUAUCAUCAUCAUCCAGGGAAUACUGAGGAUUUUCAAAUAAAACAAUUUCCCGUUCAACCCGUUCGUUUAAAACAAACGAAACAAUACAAGCACGUACGAUGGAAGUCUAUGUGGCAAAGUACUGCACGGAUAUAAAUAUUAAAAUUCACACUGUAUCUACAAAACAGUGUUACAUAAUAACAAAUCCACCAUGUAUUUGGUAAUGCAUAACCAUACGAUUUACAGCUUU